GAUCUUGUGCUCGCUACUAGGCACCAUGCGCAGAGGUUGCGGCCCUCUGCCUGGACACUUGUAUGCUAGUUGCCAUGCAACCUCUGUCCCUCUUUACUGCCAACUGGCUAGAUCCGAAUGUGGCGCCAAGCAGUCACACGCAGCGCCACUGGCCUAUCGCGCUUCCGAGUGAGUCUCAGGCCUUCUCAAAGCACACUUCCUGGAUGCUCAGCAUCAUGGCAAUCCUUGCUCGCGACCACUUAUGCACACCUGCACUGAACAUUGCUGCGACUGAUAUGUAACAAACAUGCAAGUGUUGCGUUGCAUCGAUCGACACAUACUUGACAACAAAACGCGAAAUGAUGUUCCAGCGAUGCAGCCUACACAACGGAUCGCUAUGCAAGCUCCGGCUUGAAACAAGUUUCGGUUUGAGACAAGUUCCGGCUUUUCCCGUACAAUAUGCGCCUGACCGUCAGGCUUUGCUAUUCAAAGCCGAGCAUUUGGUCAUGUUCAGCCGGUCUCUCCAGCCAAUGAUUGCUGCCGUCAUCGCUCUCUGCUUUGCUACGCUCACCUUGGGCGCGAGCAACCCCGUCGGCACGAUUCAUGCUCGCGAUGCCAACACGCUCGAACGUCGCCACACUGGUCCUUACACGUGGUGUGGCUUCCAGAGCGAGUAUGAGCCAGGCAAGGUCGUCGCUGCUGGCAUUGAUCUUGUUUGGCAGUCGGGCAAGUACCUUGUGAUUCCGGGCCAAGGCCUGAAAUCUGCAAUCUAUGAGCCGCCCGCUAUGGUCGGCACUACGCUCGAGAACGCUAACUUCUACCUGGAUGCCGGCACUUGGGACGUCGAACUCCAGCUUCGCGUUGCCAACAAUGGCGACAUUCAGGGCGUGGCGAUCGCAUACAUGACUGUCAACAAGGUCUUUCCAGCAAAAACGCCUCCAUUUGGUUUCCAAUGCAGUAGCGACUCGGGUCAGCAAAACAAAGUCACCAUACCGGUGAGACAGGAUUUUCUGCCCCUGAUGAUGCCUGAUCUGAGCAAUAAAAUCAGGUCUACUAAACAGACGGAGCAAGUACUGGCAGUCUGAGAUCAUAAACCUGUAUCUUGGCUUCUAAUGCUACUCAUGCAUCUGCCGGAAUUUCCCGCUCCGGCUAUACUCCGCGCGCGCGCGCGCGCGUUCCCUGCAGCUGCACUCUUCGCUCGCUCGCUGAUCAAGAAAACUCGCCAAAGGUCGCGCUUCCUCUCGAUCUCAAAGGGAUCAUCUGCGAGGCUUCGCAUGCAAAGUAUGCCCUGAGCCGUUUGUCCUGAGAGUCUCGCCUUUCCAUCGUCUGCAGGGAUUGAUUGGAUGUCGGUUUCAGCUAUCCGGCACUGUGAUGAGCGACAU